AUGUCGUCAUCUCGUCAGUACUCUCACUCUCCCAGAAAAUCCAAGGCUAACUCCAAAAAGAAAAUGCUGACGUUCAUGGCAAAUCAGAUUGCCAGAAUCGUGCCAAAGAUAGUGUCUGAGAUUCAAGCCUCCAGCACUCCCAAUCAUUCUGGCGAUUCUCACGUAGUACAGCCUAAACCAGUCUCGUUCAACUACAAACACUUCACUGCCUGUAACCCUAAAACUUUCACUGGGAAGGAUGGAGUGACAGCUAUGUUGGAAUGGUUUGACAGCAUGGAAGUCACGUUCAUAAAUAGUGAAUGUCCAGAGGAACUCAAGGUGCGAAGUGCCACUGGUGUUUUCCAAGCCAGGGCACUAGACUGGUGGACUAACGAGAGAAACAUUCGAUCCAAUGAGCUAGCAUACGCGUUGUCUUGGGAAGAGCUCAGACAGCAUAUGAUGGAGGAAUUCUGCCCUCCUCAUGAGCAGCAGAAGUUAGAAGAAGAGUUCUGGACCCUCAAACAAGUUGGGGAUGAAAACCUUGCAUACACUACCCGAUUCAAGCAGUUGUGUUUUAUCGUGCCUCAUUUGGUGUUGACCACAGAACGCACCAUUCGAAAAUAUAUUAAUGGGUUGCCUCCUAUGAUGCGUGAUACCAUCGAGGCGGCUAGGUUGGAUAAUAUUGAGGACGUGUACCGCCUCGCGGCAAGUUUGAAUAAUAAUCGAGUUCGUGAUAAACAAGUCGCAGCAGCAUCUAAACCUACAUCCUCCUCAAAACCCGCUCAUCAAAUCACCCACAACAAUAGGGGAAAGAAGCGUGCUCACCAAUCCUCAGUUUGCAACGCUGUCACACCAGUUGAAAAUCCAAAACCUAACCCAGCAAACCCAGAAAAGAAGCAAUACACAGGAACAAACCCUAAGUGCACCACUUGCCACUUUCAUCACCCAACUACGAGCCCAUGUAGACACUGUACCUCCUGCAAUCGUUAUGGGCAUUUGGCAGCAUACUGUCGCAAUAACCCAACGACAGCCCAAAACUCAAAGCCAGCAAAUGUGGUCAGGGCAUGUUUCAAAUGUGGGGAUCCAACUCACCUACGACCUCAGUGUCCUCAAUUGAGGCAAGAUUUACAGCAGAAGGCACCACAAGGCCGUGCAUUUGUUAUCAAUGCUCAGCAAGCGCGCAACGACAAUGAGGUCGUGAACGGUACGUUCCUCGUUAAAUAA